GACGUCACUUUGUUUACGUUUCUCGAGUCAGCUGUGCGGCUUGGGCGGCGGUGACAGUACGCGAGGUUGUUUUAUCCUUUUUCUCUGGCUGUGACGUGUUUUACUGAAGAUGGCGAAGGCUGUGGCUCAGAGUAUAAGACUGAAACCCCAACGGGAUCUCUUCGACCCUGAUUUCGAGGGGUACAAGCUGUCCUCAGACGGGGAAACAACGGUGUACUCCCGCGCCGUGCCCGAGGGUGUUCAAUACAAGCCCUGCCAGUCAACAUGUUACCUGCAUACCAGGCUCCAGGCACUUCAAAACCACCUUUUCCAAGACCCCUUCCACCCCUUCGCUGUGUACUUCUUCAACAGCAGAGGCCACCUUGUGAAGUGCAGCUACUCUGAGGGGGCAAGGCUAAGUGAGGGUGAGGUGACAUGGCAGGCUGAUGUUGGCAUAGCAGAGGAUGUGGAGGGGGAGUACUACUACCCACCAACCCUCAGAUUCCCCACUCAGAACUUAGCCGUGGUCUCCGAUGGUCGUGGCAGACUCAGUGUUCUCCAGACAGACAACCGCUCUUCCACUCACACCUGGGUGGUAAACUUUGAGACGGAGGCGGACCGAGGUGUUCUGACAGACGCCUGCGUGAGGUGCGAGGGGAGGGAGCUGCACUGCCUCCUGGUCACCAUCACAACGCCUGACAAGUUGAAGCAAAACCCAGACUUUGUGGUGCCAGACGAUGCAUUUGGCUCCAAGACAGACACAGCCCUGCACCUCAUCCAUUGGCUUGUCCUGAGUCAGAAAGGUGCUGGGUGGGAGGUGAGUCGCAACAGGGCAGUGGCGGGCCGAGGGGUGCUGGAGUACUGUGCCGUGGACAGUGAAGGGUCAGGCCUCCUGGUGCUCUGCCACUCCAACUACCUCUUUGUAGGUGACUCAGUCGAGGCUGUCACCAAGCCCAACCCACAGCCUGAGAAGACUUCAGAGGAGCAGCCCAAAUUCACCUUCCAACAGAGUGAUGAGGACCUGACCGUCUGGUUGAAGACAGGCUCAGCCACCAAGCAGGACGUGCAGGUCAAGAUCACAGUGAACGAGCUGGACGUAAGCAUCAAGGACACUCCCUCCUUCCAGGCUCACUUCCUGCACCCCAUCAAGGCAGACAUGGCAACGUGGACCAUUGGUGACGGAAGGUUAGAGUUGAUGCUGCCCAAGGCAUCUGAAGGGGUGAAAUGGCAGACUCUCUUCACCCCCGAGGACAAUGUACUGGGGGAGGAGGUGGUUGACCCAGCCAGGCUGGAAGAAAUGAGCCAAAGUCUUGCCCACCUCACCUCAGACAAACUGAACCCAGACCCAGCCGUAGACAAGCCGGCCUAUGAUCCUGAGCAGCUCGAGGACUGCGACACAGCCAGCGAGGACUUGCUGCUCCUCCGCCUGGAUGGCUCAUCACACCAGCUGACUAACUAUGGCCAGCUGGGAGCCACUCAGCACCUGUUCAACAUGCAGGUGGAUGAAACCAGCGUGCCAGCCUUCUGCAUCCGUCAUGAUGUGGAUGCUGUCUUGUGGCAGCCGAGGAGCCAGGUUCAGUUCACCCACCUGGCCACCUACCAUGCCUUUGGCUAUGUGCGAGCCUCCAAGACCACUGCAAAGUUUACCUGUGGAGCCUCAGAUCUGUCGUAUGUUGCCGUGGCAGACGUGCGGAGCCAUGUGUACGUGUUCUUCCAGCCCGAGGCUCUGACAAGUGAGCUGAGGAACAGAAAGUCUGGCCAGCGCCUCCACAAGGUGUCACGGCAGCUGGUCAUAUCCCUCAAGACCCACUCGGAGGUGUUGGGCAUGUGUGCUUCUCCCGGCAUGCUCUUUGUGCUCACUGAUAAGAUGCUUUAUGCCUACUGUCUGCGCAGUGGUAGUGGCUAAGGUCUGGAUGAUGCUACAGUGUGGGCAUUACUUUUCCCUUUUUUUUUUUCUUUUUUUUUUUUUUUUUUUAACCUCUUAAUUUUUCAUGUACUUUUCUUACUUUUUUAUAGACUUGUGAAUUCUUUUGUGCACCACCCAUCUUUUUAUACGCCUCAGUGACAAAAAUUACUUUACUUCGAUAUCAAGAUUGAAAAAUUGAUUGUUUUUAUAUAAGAUAUAUGACUUACAUUUUAAAAUAAUUAAGUAAAACAAUUACUGACAUACCUCACUGCCAUUAGCCAAUAUAUUUAUCAGUUGUAAAGCUUUUGCUGUAUAUGCAUAUUAUUGAGUUGAGGAUCCAGGCUCACCCCCCAAAAAAAAUUGCAUAAAAAACAAAAUUGUCCAGUCCAUUGAGCCAUGAGUUGGCCGGCCUCUCAUAGGGGAGAUCUCAUUCCACAAGGAGUUUUAUUUUAUUUAGGUGCUCCAGAUGCAUGGUUAGACUGUGAUGCAGGAGGGAGUAAGGGCAUGGUCUGAGGUUUCAUGUUGAGGGACACAAAGUUCUAAGUUCUAGGCCUUCAACAGACACUUUUUAUUUUCUAUAUUCAUUACCCUUGCUAAAAGGUACAAGGCUUAACUUGGGUAGAUACUGGAUCAUUUAAUUCCUUUAUCUUAACAAAGAUGUCUAAGUUUGAGACUUAGGAAAUAUACUGAAUUCCAUAUUUCCUUCAUCCCAGCUGAAAUAUCAUAAGUUCUAGGCCUUGGACAAAAUUCUGGAUCUUGUAUUUUCUUUACUGUGGCAUUAAAAGCCUUGAACAUUUAGUGGAUCUUGUAUUUCCUUUAUUGUAAGACUAAACUUUAAAGAUCUAGGCUUUGAAGAUACUGGAUUUUGUAUUGGAUUUUGCACAGAUUUCCUUUGUCAAGACAAAAGGUUUUAACUUUAGGCCUUUGAUAAUUGCCUGAUCUUGUACUUCCUCCUCAGCCCCAGCCUCCUCCUUGUGCACCACAAUGUCUCAGAGAUUUGGGCACAACUACAGGAACCAGUAAAGUCAACAGAACUAAUAUGAAAAUCUGUAAAACUGAAAAAUACGAAAUUAUAAACAAAAAAUUGC